AUGGGGAAGCGCAAGGCUGUAGAUGUGAGUGACGAAGAGUCGGACUCCGAACCUGAGCGUCCUCUCAAGCAGAAGAAGCCAAGCAAGUCCACUCCAAAACGCAAGUCCAAGGCAGCUUCAGAUGACGAGGAGCAGCCAAGUAGGAAAAAAUCCGCAUCCAAGACAGCCAAGAAACCUGUCUUCAAAGAGACUACACCGGAGGAGGAAAGCGCGGAAGAAUCGGAGAUCACAGUGAAGACAAACAAUGAAGGAGACAAGUAUGUGGACCUGGGGAGGAAACGACGCGCGACAGUACGCGCCUUCAAAGGCAAACCGCUCUUGGAUAUCCGAGAAUACUAUGGGCAGGAAGGCGAUGAAAACCCGGGGAAGAAAGGCAUUGCACUCAAUCAAGAAGAGUGGGAGAAGCUGAAGCAGAACGCGUCCGCCAUCGACACACUAUUCAAAAAAGUCAAGAAGUAG